AUGGCGGAGUACUUGGCCUCCAUCUUUGGCACCGAGAAAGACAAAGUCAACUGUUCAUUUUAUUUCAAAAUUGGAGCAUGUCGUCAUGGAGAAAGAUGCUCUCGGUUGCACAAUAAACCAACCUUCAGCCAGACCUUUGCCCUCUUGAACAUUUACCCUAAUCCUCAAAACUCUUCCCAGUCUGCUGACGGUUUGCGCUGCGCUGUGAGCGAUGUAGAGAUGCAAGAACAUUAUGAUGAAUUCUUCUUUGAGGACGUUUUCACAGAAAUGGAGGAGAAGUACGGGGAGGUAGAGGAGAUGAACGUCUGUGACAACCUCGGAGACCACCUCGUGGGGAACGUGUAUGUCAAGUUUCGCCGUGAAGAAGACGUGGAAAAGGCUGUGAUUGACUUGAACAACCGCUGGUUUAACGGCCAGCCGAUCCACGCCGAGCUCUCCCCAGUGACAGACUUCAGAGAAGCCUGCUGCCGCCAGUACGAGAUGGGGGAGUGCACGCGGGGCGGCUUCUGCAACUUCAUGCACCUGAAGCCCAUCUCCUGGGACCUGCGAGGGGAGCUGUAUGGGCGCCUGCGCAAGCAGCAUAGAUCGCGGUCUGGUCCCGAGAGCUUGGUCGCCGUGGUGGAGGUGGCAGAGGGCAGGAGCGGGGCAGGAGCAGGACAGGAGGCGGUCAAACGACCGGGAAAGGUCCGGGAGAUUCUGA